CGGCAGACCACGUUGGCGCCCGGUCAGCAAGGCAAGGCGAAAUGUCGUUUCUGCCCCCGCCCCUUUGUUCAUGUGCCCGUGACCCCCGGUCCGGCCGUUGACCGCUCCCACUCUCCUCCCUCUCGUUAUCCCGCCGCCGCCGACGCCUUUCUUCCCCACUGCGCCGCCGCCGCCUCUCCCGUCCCGCCUUCCCCAGCACAACGGCGAAUAGGGCUAUGGCGCAGAGGGCCGACUCCUCCAGCUCCAGCGCGAGUAGGGCGACGAGGAGGCAGGGGAGAGGAGUGAGCUCCUUGUGUGAGCAGCAUCUGGUCGGUAAAGAGACUGGGCUGCCUUUGAUCGUGUGCCCCGAUUGCGAUCUUGCCCGAGUGAUUGAGCUUCGCGUGGUCAAGCUGGAAAGUCAGAACAAGGGGCGCAUCUUCUUCAAAUACCCGAGAAAUGGGAAUCCGAAGCUGUGUGGCUUUUAUAGGUUUCAGAGGGAGUAUUUGGAUGAGCUGGUGGAGAAGAAGAUCGUCAGGAUAUGCAAUCAGAUUGAUGAACAUGGAGGAAAAGAAGAUGAAGCACCUGGUGAAAAUGAGGGGAUGAAGCAAAACGAUGGGAUGAAGCAACUGGAGAACAAGAUGGAGAGACUGAUGUGAAAAAUGAAUAUUUUCAUUGGUUGUAUUGCAAUAGUUGUAUUGACGUUUGUGGUAAAAUCUAUUGCAAUGAACUGAUGUAGACAGUAGUGUGUUUCAGUAGGGAAUGAACUUGACUGAGCAAAUGAAAAUAUAGAGUUUGUUCAUGUCUAAUUUGUAAAGUGCUCAGCU